GUUUGGUCUUAAGAUGAACCCAACAAAUGGAUCACAAAAUGCGAACAAAUGCCUAAUAUAUAUGAUGCAAGAUAUCGGGUGACAGUAGUGGACGCUUCCAAUGUAAAGCUGAGAUACGAGGCGUUCGACAACUUUUGUCUCUUAGACUCACUGCAAGAAUUAAAUCUCUCGAAGAAUAAACUAAUCGAUGACUUCGUGUGCGACAAAAUGGCCCGACUUUUCAGAAACUCCAAAACUCUGACAGUUCUGGACUUAUCUGACAAUCCGCUGAUAACUCAUCGCGGAGUCGAGACAUUGCAUCGGAUCAGAUCUUUGAGGAAACUGAUUAUUACGGGAACUAAAGCCGCGAAAUACCCAUUCAUCGACUUAUUAGUGAUUCUAUUCAAUGACGUGAACCCUAACUGUGAAAUCGUUAUUUAAAAACUAUAGAUGCGAUUGAAGUGCACUCAUAGUUGUGGUAAACGCUCGUAGAAGAACCAGCACAAGGCGAACAACAUAGCCGUCGGUCGCGACAGCUUCGCCUCCAAG